GUUCAUUCCAAGGGUUUAGUUCCGGAGUGUCUCCUUUUUGAUGCGAGUCGCGGCCCAAAAUUCGGUUGAAAAGGCAUGAACAUGUACGAGGUUCCUAGUCCGGGAAUACCAGGCUGUCCACCUGGAUUAGAAUACCUCACUCAGGUGGACCAGUUGCUCAUCAAACAGAAAGUUGAGCUGGUUGAAGCUCUCGUCGGAUUUGAGAGCAACAACAAGUACGAGGUGCGCAACUCCAUGGGCCAAAAUGUGUUUUACGCCGUGGAGGAGAACGACUGCCUGAGUAGACAGUGCUGCGGUCCCAUGCGCCCUUUCUCUAUCCAUGUACUGGACAAUUUUGGCCAGGAGAUCAUUACCGUCACCCGCCCCCUCAAGUGCAUGUCCUGUUUCUUCCCAUGUUGUCUACAGGAGUUGGAGGUGCAGGCCCCUCCAGGCAACACUGUGGGGUACGUCGUGCAGCAGUGGCACCCCUUCUCCCCAAAAUUCAUCGUCGCCAAUGAACUCACGGAACCAGUCCUCAAGAUCCACGGGCCGUUCUGUGGAUGGAGCUGCCUGCCAGAUGUCGACUUCGAGAUCUUGACCAUGGAUGAAGUCAGCAAGAUUGGGAAAAUCAGCAAGCAAUGGACAGGCCUUCUUCGGGAAGUAUUCACAGAUACCGACAAUUUUGGAAUCCAGUUUCCGAUGGACUUGGACGUGAGGAUGAAGGCUGUCAUGAUCGGGGCAUGUUUUCUCAUUGAUUUCAUGUUUUUUGAGUCUACUAACUAAGGAGUUUUACAAAAUGUCAUCAUGCAACGCUGCUGGAAGGAAUGGGGACACGAAGUCCCAAAAAGUGAGCUGUCCCUAAUGCCAUAAUAUGUCAAAACUGUCCUCAAACGAAUAGUGUAAAGAAAAGAAUAUUUAAAGUUCUAAGAAAAUAUGCCAUGAAGAUUCAUGGGUGUGGAGAUAAGAGGUUGGUUUUAGUCUUAAGGUACACUAGUUGUUUAUUUAUGUUUAUAUUUUGGCUUCUGUUAACACUGGGAAGCAUCAGUUAGUUUAGAAAUCACUGCGGAAAAACAUGUCAUUUGAUUGUUUUAGUGAGACUGGAAACCAUUAUGUGGCAUGGUCCUAUUGACACAUAAUUCAAAUAGUACAUGUUUUGACAUGAAACGGCGUAUUGGGCAUGUGGUCUGUGAUUUAUAUGUUUAAUUUUAACAUCGCAAAGUGUUUCUGCACUGCUUUAUGUAUGUGUGCUGCAAGUAAACUUAUAAGUGGAAUUUAAAUACAAUUAUUUGAAACAAAGAUUAAUACAUACAGUAUCGUUAUCAAAAGGAGUAUGUUUCAGCCUCCUCCACAUGAGGUCGCUAGCUUUUCACGUGAGGCACAAUCCCAAUGCCUUCAAUCUGCUUUAUGCCAUGUUUUUUUUUUUUUUUUUUUAAUUGAAAUAGCAGUGUAUAUUUUUGGACAAGCUCAGGUUUUUAAUGCAUGCUACUUGAAUUUUAAUGUCAGUGACUACUCACUCACUUAUAACUAUGAAUUGUACACAUAACAAAACAAACGGCUCAUUAGCUCAUGUUUUAUUCUCAAUAUUUAUAUGUUUAGUUGCCAGUGUUUGACUGCACUUUUCGUAUUGUAGCAUAAACCCUUGAAACAUUAAUGCAUUAGUGAUACAUUAUUAUUACUGAUAUUCCAAGUAUUUCUCCAAACAAUUAUGCAGGUAUGUUUUUUUUUUUUUUUUUUUUUUUUUUUUUUGCUGUGUUUAAAAAAAUGUGAUUUCAGUUAAAACCAAACAAACAAUAGCUUUGUUUUAUCAUGCAACAAUCUAUGUCACUGCAAAUAUUUUUUUUUUGCCAGGAAUAUUUUAGGGAUAGUGUGGAUGAAAUUUGCUGUCUGCCGUCUAGUGGAAUAAUUCAUGAAGAUAAGUGUGAAUAGCAUUCUUUAUGUUAAUGGGCUGAUUAUGUGAAUCUCGUGUGACUGAUAUUAAUAGAUGCUGGCAGUACACCUUCUUCAGGCUUGUUGUUAAAACCUAUUUUGUGAGUAAUCUACUGCCAAAAUGUCAUAUAUUUAAUGUACUAAUUCAUUUUGAACAAAUACUGAUAGAUCAUGAACAAUGAAUGUGAACAAAUGCUUAAAUAGCGUAAACAGUCAGUGAAAAUGUGAAAUAAAGACAAUUGUUUUAAAUCAGAUCAUGUGGUUGUGUGGAUCCACACGACUAUUCUUUGAAACCAUUUUAUUUUUGUGCAGACAUCUUGCUGGAUGUUGGACUAAUGCAAGGCAUUGGGUGUAGGUUUGCAUUGGGAGAGUAGGGACAUAAACACAACCAACUUUUCAGGACGCUCAAAUUGUCCCCACCAACUUUUAGGCAACCGUAUUUUCAUUUUUAAUGAGUUCAGUUAUAUAUGUAGGUAAUUUUAGAUCGUCUUACCGUAUGCUGUAAGAAUAGAACUGACCCUAUUAUUAAGUGUUUU